GACUCGCGCCAAGCUGCUCUGUCGGCCAUGUUGACGGUGAAACACGCGGAUCAAAGGAUCGCGCUACUCUGCUCCGUAGCGGAACAUUCAACGACUAUUCUAGCCGUCAGCAUCCAGUACAGUCCAGAGCCAAAUCCAGAUGCGGCCAGUGGUGUGGUGUAGUGGCGACCACGACCAACUGCGGUGACUUUAGGCCAGGCUCGGCUACUUGGACGCUGGAGCGCUGCGGCUCCGUCGGCUUUUGGCGAAAUGGACGAAACAGCCAAGUUUUUAGAUCAGAACGAUCUAUCGGGGAAAGGUUCUCGCAACCCGUCAAACGCUUCUGAAGAGGACGCAUUAGGUUUCAACAUUGAAGAAUUGGACGAUAAGGAAUAUGAACUUCCUGCCGUGCAGAACCCCCCGACGUUGGAAAGCAUUUUAAAUGAGGCCGAAGGAGGCUCCCUUAGCGAUGAAGAAGUAUCGACCCAAGUCGGCGCUUUCUUCCAAGAAACCGGCGACUCGAUGUCAGUCAGUAGCGUCGACUCCAAGAACAUACUGGGUGACAAAAAGGCACGGAAGAGUUCACAUUACGCUCGGCACGACAGCAUUAUGCGACAUGUUGUUUUGCGAGGAGUCUCCUCCCAGCUGCAGUCAGCGGCUCAGCGUGUCGACUCGGGGAAACCGACUGCCCUGGCAGUGUCAUCUGUGAUUGCCGUCGGGACCUUCCAUGGCUUGGUGCUCGUAUUUGAUCCUGAUCAAGCCUUGAAAUGGUGUCUGGGAAGCAGGCAACUCGGAGAGCAGUACGGGUCGGUGUCUGCUCUUGGCUUCAACAGCGAUUGCACGAGGCUCCUCUGUGGCUAUGCCAAGGGUCAGCUGACCAUGUGGGAUCUUACCAGUGGGAAGCUGCUUCGCACCAUCACAGACAUUCAUCCUCCCCAGACGGCCAUUUUGCAUGCCAAGUUUACAGAUGACCCCACUUUGGCAAUCUGCAGCGACAGUGGCGGCUCAGUGUUUGAGCUCAACUUCAGGAAGGUCCUCAACAACCGCACUUGCGAAUCCGUUUGCAUCUUUUCUGGAAGUCGGGGCGAGGUUUGUGCUGUCGAACCGCUGCGAGUGGGCCAGGAAAUUCGCCACCAUCCAGCCCAUGAUGUCUCCCUCCUGGCUCUGGGCACUGUCACCAAGGUGAUUGUAGUCACCGUGCGGCCAAUCCUUCGUGUACGCUUCACUCAUCCACUGAAGGCUGAUCCUGACACUUUGCCGCUGCUGAGCUGGCAGUUCGUGGUUAUCCAGGUUUCAGCUGCGACGCGCAUCAUUGACCCCGUCCUUGCUUUUGGUCGCCAAAAUUUGCUCUUCUUCUUCCAGGUGAACAUUUCCAGUCCCGACAAGAUUCUCUUCAUCCCGCUUCAGAAGAUUGAAUUGCAGUACACUGUGCAGACCUUUACAUGGCUGAACUCUCGCACUUUGGCUGCCUUGGACACUUCAGAGGACUUGCACAUUUUGGAUGUGCGCUCGCAGGAGGAGCUAGAGACCCUAGACAUGGCAGAUGUUCAGAUGGUGUAUGGCACAAGCCACUUCAAGGGACAUGCAACGGGUGGAAAUGUCAGCAAGGCCAUGGCAGCUGCUGGUGAGCGAGCCUGCUAUCACUCUGUUGCUGGAUUUGGUUCCCAAGUCCUUUUCUUGGGCGUCAAGUCCAUUCACGUGUUGACACUGAGAACCUGGCUGGAAAGGAUUGAUUUUCUCUGCAAGCAGAACUUGUAUCCGGAUGCUCUUGCAUUGGCAUACAGUUUUUACAACGACGAAGCCAAGGCUGUGUCGGGUCUGGUGGGCAAGAAGGCGCACCGCCAGCAGCAGGUUGCCCGCAAGAUGGAGGAGCUGCUGACGACUUUUGCGGAGCUCCUGAUGACGCGGCUGAACCCGGACCACGGCCGCCUGGAAGUGCUCCUGGCGCACUAUGCGGAGACGGUGCCGCUGUGUGUGCGCUACUGCCUGGCCGUCGAGUUCAGCGAGGAGCUGUUUGAAAAGCUCUACAGCACGUUGGGCGCGGAUCCACUGGCCAAGGGCUGCUUCCUCGAGAGUCUGCCCCAGCACAUCUUGGACGGGCGGCUGUCGCGUCUGGGGCCCCAGUUGGCCAAGGAGUUUGUUCAGCAGCUGGCGAGCAAGCACCAGUUUGAGAUGCUCGAGGCUUGCCUAGUGCGGCUGGACAUCGCCUGCCUCGACAUUCACCAGGUGAUGACCCUGUGUUGGACCCACUGCCUCUACGAUGCCAUUAUCUAUGUCUACAACCGUGGCAUGAACGACUACACCACUCCCAUUAAGGAGCUGAUGGCAGUCCUGCGGGAGGCCUUGAAGCACGGAAAGCAACUGACGGACAAUCAAAUGAUGCUGGGAAACAAACUGCUCGUUUAUGUCAGCUGCUGCCUGGCAGGGCGAGGCUAUCCUCAUGGUGACAUUGAUUCAUCGAGAGUGGCAUCUGUCAAGGCUGAGGUGUUUCAGUGCAUCACGGCUCUUCACGGAGCUGGUGCCGAUGAUGACAGCAUCUUUCCAUACCUAAAGGCACUUCUCCACUUCAGCACACGAGAGUUUCUAAACGUUCUUGCUCUGGCGUUCGAGGAAGAGGAGUUCACCACUGAAUCUGGCUUGGCCCAGAAACAGAGGGUUGUGGACAUCCUGCUUCAGAUCAUGGUCCAAAGUGAAGGCUUUUCGCCGACCGAGGUGGGUGCCCUGUUCACGUUCCUGGCGAGACAGCUGGCCAGACCAGACAACACGCUCAUAGUCAACCGGCUGCUUUUUGAACAGGUUCUGGAGUACCUGACGAACCCUGACGAUGAGACCAGGAUGGAGGAGCGUCAGCAGGCGCUCUUGGAGCUCCUCCAGGCAGGUGGAUUUGUGGGCAUCGAGGACAAUCGUCUUCUGCAGCUCUCCGAGAAGGCCAAGUUCUAUAGAGUGUGUGAGUACCUCUAUGAGAAGAGGAGGCAGUACGACAAGAUCUUCCUCUGCUACUUGGAGGAUCCAUCUCGAAAGCCAAGAACCUUCUAUUAUGCCAUGCAAGUGUUUGAGAGUCACAACAUCAGUGAGCAGGAGAAAACCUCAUUGGAGAACCAACUGAUUGAAAGCAUUGAGGAGCUGCUAGAUAUAGAUAACACGGCAACUUCACAGUUGAUGCUUCAGUAUCUGGCACAUCGGGUGGAUGACGUUAUGCGGAAGUUAGAGGGCCGGCCCGAGGUCUUGUACCAGUUUCUUCAAGGCGUCUGGAACAGUAGGGAAUUGCAAAGCUCGUCUGCAGCCCAAAGCAUAGUUCCCGGGGCCAAGGACUCUCGUGGGCUGGCUGCCGAGGUCCAGGAGAAAUACAUCGACCUCAUGUGCCAGUUUGAGCCCGGUGCUGUUCACCAGUUCAUCUCCUCGUUUGAUGGUUACCGCCUGGAAGAAACACUGGAGAUCUGCCGUAGACACAAAGUCUGUGAUGCUACUGCAUAUCUCUUGGAAAGGGCCGGAGACAUUCAAGGAGCAUUCUCAAUCUUGCUCGAGGUUCUGCGAGAGAAGCUUAACAAGUAUGCUGAGCUGAAGCGGGAUGCCAGCCAUAAGUUUGAAAUGGAUGCAGUAUUCAAUGCCAUAGAUGCCCAGCUGUGCACUGUUGUACAACUAUGCCAGCGUAGCUCCAGCAAGAUGGACACAGCAGAACGAGAGGCCCUGUGGUUUCCACUUCUGGAAGUGGUCAUGGCCCCACAGCGGGAGCUGCGUACACUUCUCGGCCCUGAGCAACUUGGCGGUGAGUUGAUCAACAAGCCAGAGCAGGUGGGAAGUGUCAAAGUGAGUUCUUUGCUGGUCGCAGACUUCCAAGCCCUGACUCAUCACCUUUUGGGCAGCAUGAUGGGAUUUGUAGCACUACCGCACAUUCUGCAUAAGUUGAUGCAGGACCCUGUGUACAGCUCGGGGAAGUUUGGUGAAGUGAGGGACUUCAUCAUGAAGAUGCUAGACACUCACAACUAUGAAAAGGCAUUGCUGAACACCACCAACCGGCUGCUCAACUGCGAUCUACACCUCCAUCUUCAUCGGCUAAAACUGGCUGCAAACCGUGGCUAUGCAUCACACACGGCUAGCUGCUGCGCAUGCAACAAGAGCUUUGCUACGGGAGAGUUGGACGACGUUGUCAUGUUCCGGUGCUGUCACUGCUACCACCGCACGUGCUUGGAAGCUUCGCGUUCGGCCUAUGUUGACGCCGGAGGACAGGUGCAGUGGUACUGCUUUCGCUGUUUCCGCGUGGGCAAGAAGCCGCCGGCGGGGUUCUCCAAGCGAGUGGCAGAUACACCACGGACACUGGGUUCGAGCUCCGAGAAGCCCCAAGAGCUGCGACUAAACCGGGAGCCGCGGACGGAGGGGCCCAUGCCACUGCUUAAUGCCUGCCAACUGAGUGCCAUCGACUACUUGAGAAAUUGCCAGAGGACCAAACCAAAUACCCUGUUCACAAGCACACUCCAAGGUUCUCCGAGCACCCACGUGCUAAGGAAGUCGUCGUUGCUAUCAAGAGACGACCUAAAGCUGCACCUCUCGCCAGCCCGAAUAACAGCCAGUGUGUUUGACGUUUGAAACCUCGCUUUGUGCACCUCUGCUUGUGAAAGGAAAUUGUUUUGGUUGAAAUGUGAUGGGCUCCCUCUGGCUGUUGCAGCAGCCCAUAGAAGCUGUUGACAAAAGGGACGCGUAGCGGAUGACGCGAAGCCCUCAAAGCUGUAGCUAGGGGGGCGUCAGUCACGCGGUAAAGGUUGACAUUUAUCAUAUGUGGUUUGUUUAUUUGAAUGUUCAAUUUUAAUGGAGUCUUAAUAUUUUUGCUUUUACUGUUGCUGAAACCACAAUGAUAUUGUUGACCCCCCCUCUUUUGUUAGUGUUCUGGUGCACCGAAUGUAAAUUUCAAGUAGAAAGAGCUGGUCUCUUUCUUGAGUGCCUGGGCCUCUAAUUGUCGUGAAGUUUCCACGGAUUGGAAAAAAAUCUUUUGUGCUGUUUUCUUUUUUACUAUUUAUGAACAAUAAACAAAUAUAACAGAUGAAA